GGCAAUAUGAGGGGUGGGAGGGCGAAGCCGGGGAGGCGGGAGGGGGGGGGGGGGGAGGAUGAGGGGGAGGAUGAUGAUAUGGGGGAGGAGGAGGAGGAGGAAGCGGAGGAAGAGGAGGAGGAGGAGGAGGAGGAGGAGGAGGAGGGGGAGGAGGAGGAGGAGGAGGAGGAGGAGGGGGAGGAGGAGGAGGAGGAGGGGGAGGAGGAGGAGGGGGAUGAGGAGGAUGAGGAGUACAACGGGGAGGGGGAUGAGGAGGUGGGUGGUGGGGAGGAGGGUGGGGAUGAGGAGGUGGGUGAUGGGGAGGAGGGUGGGGAUGAGGAGGUGGGUGAUGGGGAGGAGGGUGGGGAUGAGGAGGUGGGUGAUGGGGAGGAGGGUGGGGAUGAUGAUGAGGAGGAAGAGGGGAGGGGCUUCCGCCACAUGAUGGCCGGGGCUAACCCAUGGCUGGGGGAGCCGGAGCCCAUUCCAUCGCGGCAGAAGUUGGUCUGUAUGAUCAUGCGGCAGGCGGCCAAGGCAACAGAGCUCGCCAAGGCGGAGUUGCGGGCGGACGCGGGCGUGGGGGCCAUCUCGGUCACGACGGACAUCUGGUCGGUGGAGAACGAGUUGGGGUUCAUGGGGAUUACCACGCACUACAUCGAUGUUGAAUUCAAGCUGCGACAGGCGACGCUUGACUUCCGACCCUUGCCGGCCAAGCACACAGGAGAGACAGUGGCGAAGAUCUUGGAGGAGGCCAAGCUCCAGGUGGCACGGGAGCAUUGACAGUGGUAGCUGGAUGUGACUGUAGUGUAUGGAUACAUAUCCG